ACGUGGUAUAUGAUAACAACAACAUGAAUAAAGUCCUUAAAAUCCAGGACCCAGUGGAUUUGGAUGCAUAUUAAAUCCACCCCUCUCUCUGCAAGGAACAAGAAUAGCCGCAAUAAGUCAUCAUCAUGGACCAACAAGGACUCGAUUCAGGCCCCCGCUAUUUCAGUGUGUGGGACUACGUCGUCUUCGGUGCGAUGCUUCUUGUGUCCGCGUCUAUCGGUGUGUACUCCGCUUGCUCCGGCGGCAAGCAAAAGACGGCCGACGAAUUCCUAGUGGGUAAUCGAAAAAUGGGUAUUUUCCCUGUUGCGAUGUCCCUGGCGGUGAGCUAUAUAUCUGCAAUAAGUGUAAUAUCAAUGCCUGGUGAGAUCUACGUAUAUGGGACUAUGUUUUCCUGGAUAAUGGUGACAGGAGCCCUAGGAGAUGUCUUGUUUUGUCGCCUUUUCCUACCCACUUUCCUUAGAAUAAACGUCAUUAGUAUUUAUGAGUUUUUUGAAAUGCGUUUCAACAAAGCCUUACGACUGAUAACAAACAUAGCUUUUUCAUCUUUUACGCUGUUCUAUUUGGGAUCUGUGGUCUACACGCCUGCGAUAGCGUUGAAUGCAGUUACUGGAUUUGAUAUGUGGACAUGUAUCCUUUCGACUGGAAUAGUGUGUAUAUUUUAUACAUCAGUGGGUGGUUUGAAGGCAGUCGUGUGGACAGACACCCUCCAAGGAAUCAUCAUGAUCGUCGGUGUCAUCGCCCUCAUCAUCAAAGGGACCAUGGUGGUCGGCGGUCUCGACAAAGUUUGGCAAAUUGCUGAACAGGGCGAUCGGAUCCAGUUUCUAGAGGGGAACCCCGAUCCGAGGAUCCUAUAUACACUGUGGACUAUGUUGAUAGGAGGUACCAUUAACGGGGCAAGACCAAACCAAAUAGAGGUUCAACGCCUUAUUGCUUGUGGAACCAAGCCCAGGGCCAUACAGGCCUUGUUCCUCGCGGUCCUCUUAAAGGGGAUAAUAUUUGCCCUAUGCAUCUUUUCUGGAUUGGUUAUGUACGCCUACUACGUAAACUGCGACCCAUGGAAAUCGAAGGUCGUCUCGUCACGUGACCAGAUAAUGCCUCUCCUUGUGAUGGAGUUGUUUGCCGAAAUUCCCGGAUUGCCUGGUGUAUUUCUAGCAUCAGUUGUCAGUGCAUCUCUGAGCACGCUAUCGUCUGGAGUAAAUGCACUAGCAGCUAUCACGGCAGAAGAUGGCGUGAAAGCAAUAUGGCCGAAUAUUAGUGAGCGAAACUACGCCAGAGUAGCCAAGAUAUUAGCUCUUGUGUACGGCAUGUUGGCGAUUGGCUUUUCAUUUUGUAUUAGUUUCAUGCAGUCCGGAAUCUUACAGUUUACCGUCAGCGUUGUCGGGGUGAUCUCUGGCGGGUUCCUAGGUGUCUUUAUCUUAGCUGUAUUCGUACAUCGUUGUAAUUCAAAGGGGGCUGUUGCUGGGUUCGUAGCCAGUUUCAUUGUCAUGGUCUGGAUCAAGGUAGGAUCAAUCAUAUACCCCUCAUCAAGGGGGCAACUGCCUUUAUCGAUUGAAGGUUGUCCAGUACCCAAUGGCACAUACACGACCUACACCAUCCCAACCACAGAAUGGACUACGGCAACACUCCCAGGCUCUACCAAGGAACCAAUUUCUGAGGAAUUGCCAGCAAUUACCAACUUGUAUCAUAUUUCAUUUCUUUACUAUGGACUUAUCGGAAGCAUUGUGUGCAUAAUCACAGCAAUGAUCGUCAGUUAUCUAACAGGUUUCCAAGAUCCUGAAUUGAUUGAUAAUCGCCUGAAGAAUCACUUGACAGACGCCCUCUUCUGUUGUUUCCCCGGAAGUCUCAAACGGCGCAUGCGGUGUGGUAUUGACGAGAUCAACUAUGAAGAGGAUGAUAAAUUACCAGUCGUUCAGGAAGAAAUGAGAGAGGUCUACAACAAGAAAGAUGAGUUGGAUCAUGUUGAUGAUCAAGACAACGAAUCCAUUAAUGGACAUGCUGGACCAACCACAGAUGCCAUGAAUGCCAUCUAGGAAGGGGAAAACAUAGCUCAAUGAUAUCAUUUUAGCAACCAUAGAAGUAUCACGCCUAUAAAAAAACGUCUUAACACAUUGGUUAUCACACGCCCUGUCGUAGGCGGCGAUCACGGGGGGUGGGUGUCCGCCUCAAUGUUCAAGGGGGAGUUUCCCUUCCCCCAAUUCUUGGGGAAUUUUUUUUUUUUUUUUGGGGGGGGUUAAAGAGUUUGUCUGCCACCGGUCCAAAAAGUAAACUUGAUUGGAAUAAACACUUGAAGUUCGUCAAUGCUAAAAAGGAAGAGAGUGUUUGCCGCCUUUUGGGCGUACCCGACAAUAGCCGCCCUAAAUAAACAACGGGUUAUGUGAUUUGCGUGUAAUAACGUACAUACUUGGUUGAUUUCAACGCGCGAAGAACUAAUUACGUGAUUCCGCCGGUCAACGCGUUACAUUAAAUUGACGCUACUGCCUCCGGCUGGCUACUUACAUUAAUUUGUAGUCAUAUUAAUUUAUUUUCAGGCCUAGCUAUAUAUUGGACAAGUAAUGCAUAUACAUACCUUGUAGUAUGAUAUGUAAUUAUGUAAAUAAAACAAAUAUAUUUCUGGAGAUUCCAUGGAGGUAUUCUUGCAAAUACCAUGAUUUACUUCCUUCUUCUUUUUAAUCGAGUAUUUGAAUAUAAAACGGCCCAAGUCCAUUUUUUUUUUGCGAAAUUGAGUUUAAUAUGGGAAAUUGUUCCUUAUACAAUGACUCAUGUUGUGUUUAAAUGAUAAAUCUGAAAUCAUCUCAGUAAUGCCUUAAAUAAAGUAGGAAUAUCUGGUAUGAGUGUAAGAAAAGCCCAAGUCUAGGACUUGGGUUUUUCUUACAUUUAUAUCAUAGCGCCCUCUCUCAUUUCUUGUACUAACUACAUAAGUCUACCAUGUAUAUGAAUAUAAGAAUGACCCAAGUCCAUAUGAUUCUAUAAACGACCCAAGUCCAACAGACAAAAGGCCCCCGCCCACAAGUAACGUGAAUAUUAAUGUUCAUAGAAAAUACACUUAUAUUUGUUUAAUGAUGUUCUCUGAUUUAUUUUGGCCAAUCAUAUACUUCAAUUACCCAAAUAAAAAAAAAGAAUAUCAUUUUUUUCCGAUUUUCUCGAAAUGACUUCUUUUAGACUUUGGCCUUUUUUACUCAGGUGUUCAAUCGAAGAUAUGGAGAAUAUAAUUUAUGUAAGGAGCGCUUGAAUUCGAAAGGCACAUAAUUACAACAAAAUUACUGUCACUCUGGUCAAUGAAGGGAAAAGGUCAAAUACAAGUACUACCUGUCAAAACUAACAACCAAUGUUAUCACAAGAAAACGGUGAAUCAUUUAAGUAUUGCACUACGCCUUUUCCAGGUGAAUUUAUCUAUAACACAGAGUGCAAUUAAAUAGCAGAAUCGAAUGAUGAGAGCUGUACAGGGGAGGGUGAAAUCACGUAGCCUGGCGUAUAUCAAUGUAGAUAUCGAUCACGUCGAUGGAAUAGCGCCAUCAUCUCUAAAGCCAACAAACCAACCAACAAUACAAAGAACUAUGCUUAUCCAUUCACAUUGAGUGUUUUCACUUUAACACUAUAUUCUAGUAUAUAGAGGGGCGUGAUGUAUCAUUUAUAUCUAGACUAAUGUUUAUGCAUUAUUGUGAUAGUAUUCGAAUGUGACUCCAAUUUUGUUGUAAGGUAGAUUUGGUCCAAAAGAUAUGAAUGUAUCAUUUUGUACAUUUUGUGUAAACAAUUGGGUAUUCCAAAAUUUAUGUCUGAUUUAACAUCACUUAUCCUGUUAGCUCCAGGCAAAUUGAAGUAAAAUGGUUCGUAAUAUUAGAUGGAAUUGCACAAUUAUCCAUAUGCCUUUUUGUAAUAGUAAUAUACAUAUGGCAUGCAUGUAAACAUGGUAAACAUUUAUUUUCUUAAUGAACUAAUAUUUUUAAACCAUGGGUUAUCGAUAUCAUACUUUCACAGCUCCAUGCUCUUAGAAUUCAAAUAAAUACAUAAACAAGCAAUAAAAACACCCCACCUGUCUAUCUAAUUAUUUCAGAGAACCCCAUAAAAGGGUAACUCCAGAUUUUACUAAGUUGCGGAAACGUUUGUAAAAUAUUAUCCGAUUGUAAUCGAGCUAGUGUAUUUUCCUCUCGUUGUAAAGUUCAAACUCUUGUUCCAUCAGGAUGAAAUAUAUGUCUUAAAUAUCGAAUAUUAUUGAACAUAUCGUUUUAGACAAGAGAUACAAAACAUGUUUUCCCAUCCGUUUGUAAACAAGCAUUCAUAUUAAGAUAUUUAUUUAUUACUUUACCUGUUGAAUUUCUUGGCAAGUGUCUAAUCUUAAAGUAAUUGUCUCUCAUACUAUUGGGUGACUGGGUUGUAGAGACAGAGAGAGAGAGAGAGGGGGGGGGGGGGUGGUGGCGGAGAGGUCAAAUAAAGGAAGUGAGAAAAACAGAUAUAGACAUGCAAGAGGGGGAAACGAGUUGGAAAUCGAGGUGUAUGAUUGCAUGUGUUAAAUGCAGAUUGGGCCUAGUUCGACUGAAUAAAAUAAAUUGCCAGCUAAGUUAUCGCAUUUAUGUGUUGUUAUGCAUUGAUACACUUGACGAUAAAUGACUGACUAAAAAUUCAGAUCCGUCCCAAACGCUUUCCUAACCGUUAAAAGAGGAUCUGAAAAAAUGACUAAAUUUGUGACGCUAACGUGUUUUAGGUGAGGGCUCUGAUG